AUGAGUUCAGAAAAUUCGGACGCGGGAGGCAUCUCCCUCUCUUUGGUAGCCCAGUUUGAUGAUAUAAAUCGUUUAAACAAUGUUCUAAACGAUGGAUCUUCAGAAGAAUAUUUCCUAGCAUUUGUAAAGCAAAUGGAAUGGGUUCGAACUCAAUGGGCUGCAGCAGAGGCAGAAGCAAACCGACUCCAAACAGAAUUGGAUGAGGCAUUAAAGACACUUGCUAAGUGGGAAGCUAAAUUUGCUCAUGUUCGUAAGCUUCUUGAUUCUGAAAAAAGGGAAAGGAAUAUUGUUAUGAAAAAGUAUAAGGAGUUGAGCAAACUCCUAGAUAUGGCAAGAGAUUUACUUUUCAAUGACAACCGAGCUAAAUUGAACAAUGAAACAUUACAAAAACUGGCAUUUCUCAAUGGCACAGCCCAACAGGACCAUAAUGCCAAACUUAGUGGUGUUCCAGAGAUGAAUUCUACUGGUACCCUCCUAUCAGAGAUGUCGUUCUCCCGUUCGGAGGACGAUCUGGACCUAUCCCUGGUAUCGACGCGACGGUCGUGGGUGCAGCGCGGCGGGUGGAACGCGCGGGAGACGCCGCCUGCUAGCAAGAAACGUCGGUCUUCUAGGUCUUCUGAGACUAAGACUGUAGAACUGCAAGGAGGCAAGGUGCUGGCCACCGCCACCACUACGCUGACGCUGGAGCGUAACCCCACAACGCAGGACUUAAAGCCACCGCAAAAUUUUCAACCGAUAUCAGAGAGCAGUGACGAAGCGCCGCCGCCGCGCAAGUCUAACACAAGGCUCUCCAACUGCGUGAAACAGGAGGUACCGUCCGCCCCACCACUAUCAGAGUCGGAGAGCCCGCCGGCGACGCCGCGCGCGCCGCAGCGCACGCCGUCGGCGGUGUCGGCGGCGUACGGCGCGUCGCCGCGCCCGCACGCGCGCCAGCACGUGUUCGCCGCCAAGCACUUCUACAAGCGGGAGACGUGCGGCCCCUGCGGGAAGACCAUCUGGUUCGGCAAGCUGGGCGUGAAGUGCGAGCACUGCCGCGCGCAGGCGCACGCCGAGUGCCGCGAGCGCCUGCCGCUGCCCUGCGUGCCGCCCGGCAAGCUGCACGCCGCGCAGGAAGGCAGUAUAGCAGACUACGCGCCGUCGACGCCGCCGAUGGUGCCGGCGCUGCUGGUGCACUGCAUCAACGAGGUGGAGCGGCGCGGCCUCAGCGAGCGCGGCCUGUACCGCCUCAGCGCUGUCGACAAAGAUGUCAAACGACUCAAGGAGCGGUUCCUACGCGGUUGCGGCUCCCCGUCGCUGGCCGGCGAGGACGUGCACCUGAUCUGCGGCUGCAUCAAGGACUUCCUGCGCGGGCUGCGCGAGCCGCUGGUGUCGGCGGCGCUGUGGGCCGACUUCCUGGCGGCGCCGCGCCGCGACCGCGCCGACGCCGCCGCCGCCGCCGUGCACGCCGUGUCGCAGCUGCCGCCGCCCAACCGCGACACGCUCGCCUUCCUGGUGCUGCAUCUACAGAAAGUAGCAGAAAGUCCCGAGUGUGAGAUGGGCAUAGACAACCUGGCGAAGGUGUUCGCGCCCACCGUCGUGGGCUACGGCAUGAUGACGCAGCCCUCCGAGAUGUACACCGCCACCGCGCAGAUGUUCAGUGUGAUGCAGCUGCUGCUGCGGCUGCCGGGCGAGUACUGGGCGCAGUGGGCGUGCCCGGAGCGCGGCGCGUCGCCCGCCGCCAGGCCGCGCGGGUUCUUCUUCUCGCCCGCCGACACCGGGUGGGUGAUACUUGCUAACGAAGUUGCCACGAGUGACGUCGCAAUUUGC